AUGAAUUCAACUUCUAUUUUAUGUGAUAGUAUUUUUAUCAAUACUCAUCCAAAAUUAUUAUCAUUACACCAACAAAUAGAAGAAUUUCAAAUAGCUUAUCAAUCUAAUAUUGAAGUAAUAAUACCUUAUAAUCCAAUUGUUAAAAAUUUUCAUAAUCAAGAAGAAUUAGAUAAAUCUAUUUUAUUAGAUGAAUUUAAUUUAAAUGAACCUAUUUUAAAUAAUGAACAGAUAAAUAAGUUUAAAAAAAUUUAUUAUGAAAAUAAAAUUGAAAAUAUUGAUGAUAAUAAUGAAGAUUCAAUUCUAAAUAUUAAAAACAAAUUAGAAAAAAAAGAUAAAGAAGCUCAAUAUAAAAAAUUACAAACAACAAUAUGUUGUAAAGAAAAAUGUCUUUAA